AUGGUAGAUAAAGACAAGGGUAAAUCAAAAAAAUCCGUUAAUCUGAAAAAGAAAUUUAAGGCCAAUGCUAUGAGAAGGCCCACUGGGGUCGUGAUAUCUGAUGAGCCCUCUCGAGUUAAUAUUUCAAAAAGAGCCUCAGUUUCAACUACUCACUCGACACACCAGUCACAUAAUGCCUCUACUCAUGUGGCUCCACAAUCUGGUUAUACUAUAUCUACACCCAUUGUGGUACCUAGUUCGGGUUACCAAACAUUGCAGGGCUAUUCACAUCUUGGUCGUGGGUCUAACAUACCAUCAGUUAGUGCUAGUCAGUGCAAUAGUUUGAAUACUAGUAUUGGAUCAAUUGGACUUUCCAAUCUUCAUAUUGAAUCCAAUGGCUCAGAGCCUAAUACUCCCACCACCCAGCACUCAGAUGCACAUGGUCCUCAGCUAGGCGAUAGAGACAAUUUUCGGAGACUCGUCAUUGAGCCAUUAGGAUACAACUUACGUCCGGAUGUGGGUAUGGCAAAGAUUAUUUUAAAGUGCAUCGGAACUCACUAUAAUGGUGUGUAUCCGAAUUGGAGUUCGAUUCCACUUAACGCCCAAGGGCAAAUGUUCAAUGAAUUUAAGAGAAAACAGAAUGCCUAA